CACGCCCAUUCUGAACAUUUAUAAAUACAGUUCCUUUCUUUACAAGUGGAACUUGAAAGGUGGUAUCGGAUCAAGAGUCCAGUAGAUUGACGAGCAAUGGAGGAAAAGAGUUCUCACUAUAUUGUCCUGUUCAUAGGACUGUUUCUUUGCCUGUUAAACAGUGGCGGGGUAUCAUCGAGCUGCGAUAACAUCAAUGAGAUUGAUUUUGCGGAAUUCACGUAUGAACCGGAAGGUUUAGCACCUCACCCUGAAGGGACUGUUGCACUUAUCGAGUGUGGUGUCUUGUAUCAGAUCGUGCCCACGGCUUUUGAGAGAACAACAUGCACCAAUGGAUCGUGGACAGGACCGUUGCCCCGAUGCAGACAUGUUCCGAGAAAUUGUCAACGUCAUAAAGGCUUGGUCCAGAUCUACGGACGGGAUUGUCAGACCCGAUGCAGGAACCGUCUUGAGGGGGGUUGUACUGGAGACAGGCGAUGUCAUUGCGACGGGGUGUGUGGGUGGAGUUGUAUUUCAAUUUCUAUACAGUGUCAUCGACUCGAAACACCACCGCACGCUCUCCCCGGACCGUGCUCUCCUCCUUACAACACCGGCAAGAUGUGCACAUAUUCCUGCAUGGCAGGAUACACGAAGAUUGGAGGAGAUAACAGGAGAAUAUGUGACGAGCAUGGUGAAUGGAUUGGGAUUCCCAUACGCUGUGAACGGGCUAUACAGUGUCAUCGACUCGAAACACCACCGCACGCUCUCCCCGGACCGUGCUCUCCUCCUUACAACACCGGCAAGAUGUGCACAUAUUCCUGCAUGGCAGGAUACACGAAGAUUGGAGGAGAUAACAGGAGAAUAUGUGACGAGCAUGGUGAAUGGAUUGGGAUUCCCAUACGCUGUGAACGGGCUAUACAGUGUCAUCGACUCGAAACACCACCGCACGCUCUCCCCGGACCGUGCUCUCCUCCUUACAACACCGGCAAGAUGUGCACAUAUUCCUGCAUGGCAGGAUACACGAAGAUUGGAGGAGAUAACAGGAGAAUAUGUGACGAGCAUGGUGAAUGGAUUGGGAUUCCCAUACGCUGUGAACGGGAUUCUGGGACUCGAACCGCUUCAUCUUGUAAUCCCGACCUGGCUUUCCUUGAUCCGUUGUAA